AUGUGCAGUGAAUCGAAGCUCUCGCGGCUCUGCCGUUUGGUCGAUGACUGUCUCCGUCCGUACACUGAAUCCGGUGUCGUUUUGGUGACCAAAGAGCGAGAAAUCCUGGUCACUCUCUCUCAGCUUCUUCGACAAGUCAAGCUCUUGACCCAAGCACUUGACUCCGACUCUGAAAAUGGCCCAGUGAUAGGAUUGGAUUGUCAGAGUGAUUGCAUGUGUCUAACUAAAAUCGUAACUCACUUGAUAGUUUUGUUAACAGUGGAGAGUCAAUAUGUCAAGCAUCUGACGUGCAAUGUUCUAGUUGCUGUCUCAGAAUUCCUUGCUGCUUUGGGAAGCAACUGGGGUGCCUUUAUUCAUUUGUUGUGUGUUUGUAUGGAUUUGGCGAUCACUGUGGCAAUUCAAUGUACUUCAUCACAUUUGACAACUGAAGCUGAUGAUCUUCACUCUGGUUCAUCAAGUUUAGUUCUUGUGUUAAAAUGUAAGCUGGAAAAUGCUGACUGGUCUGUCGCAGCUGGUGUUGUUCGAGUUUUACGUGAUAUACGAAAAUAUUUGAAGUCGGAAGAUGAUGAUGUACUUGUUGAACUGUUCUUUGAUAAUGUCAAUUCUGUUCUUUCAACCGUCCCUUGGAAUUUAUUACAAGGGAUUCAUGUUGGACCAAAUCUUGUUGCUCAGAAAAGCUCUGGUGUGGAUGUUUUAUUUCAAAGAUCCUUGUUUCUGGGCAACUUGGUUCAGUUUCUCUGUUCCUUGGCUGAGCAAAGUGGUUCUAUGGAAGCUGCAAGUGGAUCUGUAGACAGGCAUCAUCCAAUUAUUUCUACAAUCAUCAACCUUGUACCCAAGCUUUUAUGUUUGUGCCUUGAUGAGCAAGCAGAUUGUGUUAACUUUAACAAGUGCAUCUCUCAAUACUUUAGACACAAGUUAUUGGUGCUCAUGAUCAGGCUCAUUUUCCAAACUUGUCAGGAAUUCUCAAUUCCUGUUACAUGGUUGCAACUUAUUCAUAAGUACUUUGAAGAUGUUUUGCGGAAUCCCUUUAAUCUUGAGAAUGAUCAGGAUGAUUGUCUGGAAGGCUCUCCGUUUCUUUCCAGUGUUUCUGAUGCAGAAGUAAAUAGUCUGUCUUCUCGCCAUCUGCAAAGACAGGCUGUUUUCCUUUUCCUGAGGUGUUCUUUUAGCUUGAUUAGCACAAAAGGAAGCACUAAAAACAAAUGUGCUUGUACAACUUGGAACUUACGCUUGACCUGUGAUUCAAAUGCAGAGCUUCUGUGUUGUGGAAGAAAGAAAGGUCUCUUGGAGCUUUAUAACUGGCUUCAAGGGCAUCUUCCAGCUAACAUGACAGUGGACCAUGAAAUGUAUUUUGUAGAAUGCGUUGACUUUGCCAAAUCCUUCAUCCAACUGUAUAUCAAAGAGGAUGAUGUAUUAUUCAAAGUGCUCUUGCAUAUGCUUUGUGUACCUUGUUGUGCAGAACAGGAUGAAAAGGAAAAGGUUGCAUUGGAGGAUUCGAAUAUGGCAAUUUACUUUUCCGUGUCUCAGAUAUUUUUUUAA